AUGGAAACUUUAAGACAGUUGCUUUUGUGCCCCGUGUGCCUGGAGCUGUUCACCCCUCCUGUCCUGCUCCUGCCCUGCGCACACAACUUCUGCAAGCAAUGCCUGGAGAGGAUCCUGCUACACGAACAGCGUGACCACGCCAACGCGCUUUUCCACUGCCCCCUGUGCAGGAAGGUCAUUUAUUUGAAGGAUGGAGGAAUUGUUGGCCUGCAACGAAAUAAUCUAGUUGAAAGUAUAGUGGAGAAAUUUGAAUAUGAGCUUGCAAGAACCUGUGCUCAGGAGAGAAGACAGUUGUCUGAAACAUGUGAAGAACAUGGAGAAAACAUGAAUGUGAUGUGUCUGACUGAUGAUGAGCCAAUAUGUGCAACUUGCAAGCUGUUUGGAAAACACAAGGACCACAGUGUUGCGAAAGUAUCAGAAGCUUACAGUGAAAGAAAAGAAGUAUUUAUAAAAAAAUUACACUUAAUUCGUAAGAAGUAUGAAGAAGCUGCAAGUGACAAGAAGGAAACUGAAGAACUGAUUAAUAAGCUAACAGCUGAUGCUACAGACACGAAGGAAAUGAUUGACACAGUUGGAUCGGGUUUGCUGAAGAGCAUAUUUUUCCAAAUGACUGAACUGCAAUCCAAGUUACACCAUGACUAUUCCACAAAACUGGAGAAACUGCAGGCAGUCUCAAAUGAGGCCAAAGCUUCUGGACAGCUUUAUCAGCAAAUGAAAGCCCUCCUGGAACAGCACGAAAACGCUGUACAGUUUCUACAAGGGGACAGAAAACUCAAGGAAACGAUAGAAAAAGUCCUAGAAGGAAAAGCCUCGUAUCAGGACCCGCAAGAGUUUAACAUAUCAGUGCAACAGUAUUUUGAAGAGCUUAUCAAAGGAAUUAAUAUCAACAACUAUUUCUCCACCACAGGCAAGGAGAUGAUUCCAAGAACCACUGACAUACACCGGAUGCGUCAACCAGAAUGCCCUGCCUUUGUUUUUUCAGAUGAGAGUCCUGAUCACCACUUCUGCAGAAAAGUACUGCAACAAUUCGAGAAGUCAAAUGACAUCAUGCAAGACAGUUUGGAAAGUGCAGCUCGCCCUCAACUGCAGCACUAA